AAAUUGAAUGUUUAUUUUUAAGCCUCGAAAGUUGCACUGGGUGCCUUUAAGCUGGAGUCAAAGUUAUUCUUUCUUUACUUUUACAUUUUGGUAGACCUACAUUCAAACGCAUGCAAUAAUUUAUAUAAAUAUAGCCUUUUUUCUAAAACAAGUUUGCAUGAACAAACUGACUGAGCCUGCAGCAUAUGUCUACAAUUUCCACACAAUGUCUACAAUGUCUCUAGCCAGAGGAAGGAUAAGAACAUACAUGAGUCUUUAGGCCUCGAAGCACCGAGCAAGCCGCCACGGAGACGGCUUGCUGCGGACAAAAGGGGAACACACCGCAGGUUGAGUGAGUCCCAUUGCACGUCCCAUAGUCCUCCUCUGCGCCUGCGUGAGAGGAGAUAACUUUCCUGACAAGCAGGGGGCGGUAGUCUGCAGCCAUCUUUCAGAAGGGACACAGGAGGACCUGCGGGUAUAGACCAAUCAGCGUGGACCGCCGCACCCUCCCUGAGACGCUUUGUUAAAACCCUAGUCUGGGAGCGACUCAGCGACACCUUACUACAUGGUUACUUCUACUGCUGCUGAUCAUCUGAAACGGAUCACUCGAGAAACAUAAGUAGUGAAGCACACACAAACACUGUUAGGCCUAGCCUACUACAGGAAGAACGACACUUCUCAGUUAAAUAAACCUGGACAUUAAAAUAUUUUUCAAUGUGGAAACUAUAGAUAGGCCUAGAUAAAAAAAAAGCCAAGGAAGAAGAUCAAUUUAGUUUUAAUCGGUUGAGUGUUUUAGCAGUAAACGAUGAAACAGCAGCAUAAAGGCCUAGUGUUCUUUAGGUUUAUGAUGAUAAAUGAUGGUUUAUGAUGUUUAUGAUACGGUCCAAGUUAUGUCCCCGCUAAUUUCAUUCAUUCGUAUACUUCAUUAAAGUCACUGUUUAUGCGCAUAUAUCAUUCAAACAAGACAUCGUUUUCUUUAAGCAAAACAUUGUGGAAUAAUACCAUCCUCGGUAUAACACGGUCUGGGAACACCGGGAAUCCGCCGAAAGUCACGAGGCCCCAAUGAACGCGUUUCAGCGACGGUUCAGCGUGGUCCGUCGGCCGCUGUGUCAGGGCCUUCAGCAGCCCCUUUGACCUUUGACCUUUGUUUAGCCACUUGGCCUGUGGGAACUUUGGGAAAACAGUGGCUCCUUUUUUUCAUUUGUAUACCGACAAGGCUUCAUGUAAGUUAACGCAUUUUUUUGGAAUAUUUUUUUUCCUGAUAAAUAUUAUCAUUAUUAUUAUAAUAAUUUAUUAUAUCGGCAAAUUGCUGUUGGUGUAAUUUCAGGAAAAAAAUAAUGAAAAUUGUGCCCGUUUUUUUGCCCUAACAUGUCUGUAUGCUGACAAUAAAGUAUUACAAUCACAUUUGGUUUAUGUGCUUCGUUUUUUGUGCUGCAUAUCCAAAUCGUGUUGAAUACAGACGAUUUUGUAUCCCUCUUAUUCACAAGGAGUGUACAAGCAAGGAUAUGUGCGUGCGAUCAUCGUUGUUCUGAUAUAUGUUAGGCCUAUAUGCUAAGCAAUAUAAUAACCUUUUUCUUUUUGCAUAAUAAGCCAUCCACGUCCUCCCACGUGGUCGUGUGGGCAUAUCGACGACGACGCGAGGUCCUGCUGUUACAAUAAGCCCAUCCUGCCUUAUUGAAACUAUUUAAUAUAUAUAUAACCUUUAACACACAAACAGACGGUCCAAAUGUUCUGUUUUCUCAUGCGCACUGGGGCGUGUAUUUAAGGUAAAUAUGCUUUUUACCCCCUACAUGAAACGAGUCUUUGUUGUUUGCCGAGAGGUAAAGAGGUGGAAAAGUGAGCAGGAUCUGAACUGGUUUCCAUGUCAAACACUUCAAUUCACCAUAGAAACGGAGAUCUUAACGCGGAAACUUUAUUAAACUGUGAUGGCGCAUUGAUAAGGCCCAAUCCUAUCGGCUCUUUUUAUUGUGAGCACCGGGCGCCCUGACAGAGGUAAAUUGCUCUUUUAAUUAAAGCAAUGCACCAGGGGAAAUUGCUGUCUGAAUAUUGUCUCAGAGAUGGGGGCCAGUGACAGUUGCCUAGAAACUUCCAUCUGUCCACCGCCUUUAUUCCAGAUCUCAGUUAUGAGAUAAAGUUUAAUAAAAAUCUUUACCCACCACCACCGAAAUGAAAUCCCAGCCGUCGUGAGCAUCCCAACACAAUGAGACAGGACUGCGGAGGACAGCUCAUGUUCAACAUGUAUCUCUCAGACCCGACAGAGAAUCUGUUGAAGGAAAGCAAAGGAACGCCCUGGGCUCCGAUCAACACCGGAGUCCAGAAAGGCAGCGGGCAGAUCCAGCUUUGGCAGUUCCUCCUGGAGCUGCUGUCGGACAGCGGCAACAUGGCGUGCAUCGCCUGGGAGGGCACCAACGGGGAGUUCAAGCUCAUGGACCCCGACGAGGUGGCGCGGCGAUGGGGGGAGCGCAAGAGCAAGCCCAACAUGAACUACGACAAGCUGAGCCGCGCGCUGCGCUACUACUACGACAAAAACAUCAUGACCAAGGUGCACGGCAAGCGUUACGCCUACAAGUUCGACUUCCAUGGCCUGGCGCAGGUGUGCCAGCCGUCAACCACGGAGCAGGCCAUCUACAAGUUCCAGAGUAACUUCGCUCCGAUGCCCUUCUCCGGGAUCUCCAAGCUGAACCUCGUUGCCCCUGGCAUGGGACCCGGGUCCGGGUUCUCGUACUGGGCGGGCUCGCCCCCCGCGGCGCUGUACCACAGCCACAGCCUGCCACCCCCCGCAGGGCCCUUCGGACCCGUGUCCGCCGCGCACAUCAGCUGCGUCAACAGCAUCAGCGGCCUCUCCAACGGGCACUACAACUGACUGACCCUGCAGCGAGCCUACUGGGAGAACCAGGUGGUUCGGUUUGAUUUGAUUUGAUCGAAUGAAGAACACUAUCGACGUUUAGGAUAGGUUUUGUACCCUAUAAUGCAUGUGAGGAUAAAUCAAGAGUUUGUUAAUCAGGCCCGUUUUCCGCUCAUUGAACACAUUUAUAAUACAUUGCGGCAAUAGAAUGUGAACGCCCAAAUUGAUGAACUAAUUGAAACGUAAAUUAAUUAAUAGCUGGCAUAGGCCUAGAGCCUACUUUAUACGGCCGAGGUUGAAUCUGAAACAUUUUAUCUGGUCGAUUAGGAUUACAAUGUAGGCAUAUGCCUAUUUAUUUUUUGAAAAUACAGCAGGAAAGCAUGCGUAAGAUGUGAUUUGCCCUGGAGACCAUUUAAAAUAAACGUUUUAUUUACCCAA